AUGUCUCGUCGAAAGCAAGCGAAACCCCAGCAUCUCAAAUCGGACGAAGAGCUGCAAGCAGAGGUAGUUUCUGAGCACGCAGUCCCAGGAGAAGGAGCAGAUGAUGGUGAUAGCGGGAACGAGAGCAGGAGUGGAAGUGAAGAAACCAACGUUUGUGAGAAAUGCUGCGCCGAAUUCUUCAAGUGGACGGACUUCCUGGAGCACAAGAAGACCUGCACUAAAAACCCCCUGGUGCUGAUCGUGAAUGAAGAUGAAGCAGCUCCACCCCCUGCUGAGGAAUUCCCCGAGCCCUCACCCGCUAGCUCUCCUAGUGACCAGGCAGAGAGCGAAGCUGCUGAAGAAGGCGUCCAGGCAGAAAACAAUGAUAGCUCUGAGAUAAAAACCAUGGAAAAGGAAGAAGAGCCAAUGGAGGUAGAAACUACUGCGGAGAAAAGUUUCCAGAAUCAAGGCACCUCAAACACAGCUACUCCUCUACCUCAGAUCCCUGAACCAUCUUCCAUGACAAGCUAUAACAUGCCAAACACCAAUGUCACACUAGAGACUCUGUUGAGCACUAAAGUGGCGGUCGCGCAGUUCUCACAGAGCGCGCGGACCACUGCUUCUGCGAGCAUCAGCAGCGGGGUGACAGCCGUGGCCAUCCCCAUGAUCCUGGAGCAGCUCAUGGCCCUGCAGCAGCAGCAGAUCCACCAGCUCCAGCUAAUUGAGCAGAUCCGCAGUCAAGUGGCAAUGAUGAACCGCCAGCCGCUACGGCCGUCCCUCAACCCGGUUGUGGCCGCUCAGGUUGGUCCUGGGCAGGCGUCCAACCAGCUGCAGGGGUUUGCCACCAGCGCUGCCGUCCAGCUCACCGCAGUCAUUCCUCCUGCCAUCGUGGGGCAGGUCACCGGCAGUCAGCCCACUGCCUUCGACGGCUCUCAGCACAUCUCAAGACCUACAUCUGGAGCGAGUACGCCCAAUAUAUGCAGCGGUGGCUCUUCUGCCCUGCCUGAAUCAAGCGUACCUUCCUCCUCGAAUGCAAUUACGUCCAUAACUCCCGUUUCUGUGUCAAACUCUCUUAACAGUGCUUCGCAGCCCCAGAAUGCUUCGACUCCGCCUUCAAUAGGACAUGGAAGCCUCACCUCAGUGUCCAGCCUGCCAAACCCACUUCUACCUCAGACUUCAUCAAAUAGUGUGAUCUUCCCCAAUCCGCUGGUUAGCAUCGCUGCAACGGCUAACGCGCUAGAUCCUCUGUCCGCCCUUAUGAAGCACCGCAAAGGAAAGCCACCAAAUGUGUCAGUGUUUGAACCCAAGUCAAGCUCUGAGGAUCCCUUUUUUAAACAUAAAUGCCGAUUCUGUGCCAAGGUCUUUGGAAGUGACAGUGCUUUACAAAUUCACCUCCGCUCGCAUACAGGCGAAAGACCUUUUAAAUGUAACAUAUGUGGAAACCGCUUUUCCACAAAGGGCAACCUGAAAGUUCAUUUUCAGAGGCAUAAAGAGAAAUACCCUCAUAUUCAGAUGAACCCUUAUCCUGUUCCAGAAUACCUCGAUAAUGUGCCCACCUGCUCUGGAAUCCCAUAUGGGAUGUCGCUGCCUCCCGAAAAGCCGGUCACAACGUGGUUAGACAGCAAACCUGUUUUACCAACCGUCCCAACUUCCAUCGGGCUCCAGCUGCCCCCCACUAUACCCAGUGUGAACAGUUAUGGAGAUUCUCCAAGUAUCACUCCUAUGAGCAGGUCACCCCAGAGGACUUCUCCUGCCUCCAGCGAAUGCACUUCUCUGUCCCCGAGCCUCAACGCUUCUGAGUCAGGCGUUCCAGCGUCUGCUGAAUCCCCACAGCCCAUUCAGAGUGGCUCAUCUCUGACCAAGGCAGAACCUGUCACUCUGCCUCCCACAAGCACGCGGCUCGGGGACCUUUCUGCAGGUGGGCAAGUUUCCACAGCUUCCACGUCUUCAAUUCCUACUACUGUUACAGACAGCAGCCUUGCAACAAGCCUCCCAAACCCUGUGCUUCCAGCAGUGUCUGACCAGUUUAAGGCAAAGUUUCCAUUUGGUGGUCUGCUAGACUCUAUGCAAACAUCAGAAACCUCAAAACUACAACAGCUAGUGGAGAACAUUGAUAAGAAGAUGACAGAUCCAAAUCAAUGUGUCAUUUGUCACCGUGUGCUUAGUUGUCAGAGUGCUCUCAAGAUGCAUUACAGAACGCAUACAGGAGAAAGACCAUUUAAAUGCAAAAUUUGUGGACGUGCCUUUACUACAAAAGGCAAUCUAAAAACACAUUUUGGAGUUCAUCGAGCAAAGCCACCACUUAGAGUACAGCACUCAUGUCCCAUUUGUCAGAAGAAAUUUACAAAUGCGGUUGUUCUUCAGCAGCACAUUCGUAUGCAUAUGGGCGGGCAAAUUCCGAACACGCCACUACCAGAGGGCUUCCAGGAUGCCAUGGACUCAGAGCUUUCCUAUGAUGAGAAGAACGUUGAUACGCUGAGCAACUUCGAUGAUGACAUUGAUGAAAAUUCUAUGGAAGAGGACCCGGAUCUAAAGGACACAGCAAGUGACUCAUCCAAACCCCUUAUCUCUUACUCUGGGUCAUGUCCUUCUUCGCCACCUUCUGUGAUCUCCAGUAUUGCUGCUUUGGAGAAUCAAAUGAAAAUGAUUGAUUCUGUCAUGAAUUGUCAGCAGCUGACCAGUUUAAAAUCCAUAGAAAAUGGAUCAGGGGAAAGUGACCAUUUGAGCAAUGACUCCUCAUCAGCCGUGGGUGAUCUCGAAAGCCAGAGUGCAGGAAGCCCUGCAAUGUCAGAGUCUUCUUCCUCCAUGCAAGCUUUGUCUCCUGUAAAUAGCAAUAGUGAAAGUUUCAGAUCAAAGUCCCCAGGUCUCAGUAACCAGGAAGAGCCACAAGAAAUACAAUUAAAGACAGAAAAACCAGACAGUCCACCACCCACAACUGAAAAUGGAGGCGCAUUAGAUCUGACAUCCACCAACCCGGGAAGACCAGUCAUCAAAGAGGAGGCUCCUUUUAGCCUGCUGUUCCUGAACAGAGAACGUGGUAAGUUUAAAAGUACUGUUUGUAAUAUCUGUGGCAAGCCUUUUGCUUGUAAGAGUGCAUUGGAAAUUCACUACCGCAGCCAUACUAAAGAACGUCCAUUUGUUUGUACAGUCUGCAGUCGUGGGUGUUCCACUAUGGGUAAUUUAAAACAGCACUUACUGACGCACAAAUUAAAAGAGCUGCCUUCUCAGUUAUUUGAACCCAACUUUACUCUAGGUCCCAGCCAAAGUACUCCUAGCCUGGUCACCAGUACAGCGCCUACCAUGAUCAAAAUGGAAGUGAAUGGUCACAGCAAGCCGAUCUCUUUGGGUGAGGUUCCCUCGCUUCCAGCUGGAAUCCAGGUUCCUGCUGCACCACAGACAGUGAUGAGUCCGGGGAUCACCCCUAUGCUGGCACCCCCCCCUCGCCGGACUCCCAAGCAGCACAACUGUCAGUCGUGCGGGAAGACCUUCUCCUCAGCAAGUGCACUGCAGAUACACGAGCGCACCCAUACUGGUGAAAAACCGUUUGGUUGCACAAUCUGUGGUAGAGCUUUUACCACAAAGGGGAAUCUUAAGGUUCACAUGGGAACUCACAUGUGGAAUAACGCCCCCGCACGCCGCGGCCGCCGUCUCUCCGUGGAAAACCCCAUGGCUCUGCUCGGUGGCGACGCGCUCAAGUUCUCCGAGAUGUUCCAGAAGGAUUUGGCAGCUCGGGCCAUGAACGUUGACCCCAAUUUUUGGAACCAAUAUGCUGCAGCUAUCACUAACGGACUUGCUAUGAAGAACAAUGAGAUUUCUGUCAUACAGAACGGAGGCAUUCCCCAGCUCCCAGUAAGUCUCGGCGGAGGCGCCAUCCCGCCUCUCAGUAACCUUACCAGUGGCAUGGACAAAGCUCGCACGGGCAGCAGCCCCCCCAUUGUCAGUCUGGACAAAGCCAGUUCUGAAACGGGAGCCAGUCGUCCAUUUACCAGAUUUAUUGAGGAUAAUAAAGAGAUUGGCAUAAAUUAA